UUUGGCGUGCUAAGCAGAUUAGACCCUGGAAUUGUGCGUUCGCGGCAUCUUCUCCGCCCAAGCUUCAAGCUGAUGACGACAAUCGCGUCAGCUAUCCCCCGUCAUCACCCCGAACGCUAGACACGCGACAACAAACCACCUCGAGCAUGAAGGUCGCAUCGUUCGGAAUUCGGAAUGAUUGCCAGUGCAUCGCGCGCGCGAAUGGCUGACUCGUGCUCACCGCAAAUAGCGCACCUGUGACCAUGAGCGGCUAGCCGUGACUGCGGGGUGCACGCCCUUCACGGACGCAGCAUGGGAGCAGGCAUGGGACUUUGUGACUGUUCCUGCUCUUCUUUCUUACUUUGCAGCUUUUGAUAGCAUGCAUCCUUUUCAACCACCGCCGCCAUGACAGAACACCGCCUACCAGUCAAGCAACUGGCGAUUCUCUCAAUAUGCCGUUUUGCCGAACCCAUCGCCCUCACGUCUGUCUUCCCCUACGUUCCCGAGCUCAUGGAAUCCUUUGGCAUUCCUAAGAAUGACAUCGCGCGCUGGGCUGGUAUCUCGUCCUCGGCCUUCUCGCUAUGUCAGGGCUUCACUGGCCUUCUCUGGGGCGCUGCAUCCGAUCGCUACGGAAGGAAGCCGAUUAUACUUUUUGGUCUUGCCAAUACUAUGUGGUCAAUGUUGCUAUGGGGUUUCUCGCUCAAUCUGCCCAUGGCUUUGGCCGCACGCGCUAUUGGAGGACUAUCGAACGGUUACGUGGGCAUCCUACGCACUACUGUGGCGGAACUAUGCCCAUGGAAAGAACUGCAACCGAGAGCAUUCAGCGUCAUGCCCUUAGUCUGGACAGUAGGUGCCACAUUUGGACCUACACUCGGUGGAGCGUUGGCCAAUCCUCUUGGCGUGGAUCCUCGCAAGCCUAAAGGUACGGCUUUUCUGGAGAGAUUCCCGUACUGCUUGCCUAAUAUCGUGGCUGCGGCAUUGUUCACUUUUGGCAUUUCAGUAGGCUGGCUUUUCCUCCAGGAGACCCUAGAAAGCAAGAAGCACGCCCCAGAUCUAGGCCUGAGAACUGGGGCUCGUUUGACAGCAUUUGUUCGCAAAGUACUACACCUUCCAACCAAGAAGCAAAACAGCAGUCCAGAGCACGAGCCUCUACUUGGUCAGCUUAAAGCAAUCGACAGCGAAACGAUGUCGCAACAUGAUGCUGCUCAUGAAAUCAUCCCAGAAAAGGCACCGAGGUAUCGAGAUGUAUUGACAUAUCAAACAUCGCUUAAUCUGAUUGUGUACACGCUACUCGCUAUGUACCUUCAGGCAUAUGAUCAGCUUCUCCCAGUUUUCAUGCAUCACCCUGUACAACUCGCAGACGACCCUACAGUAUCCCUUCCUCUGAAAUUCGCAGGAGGUUUCGGCAUUGAAUCCCGUCGCAUCGGCAUCAUCUUUACCGUAUUCGCCAUCUCAUGCACUGUGUGUCAAUUCCUGCUGUUCCCACCCAUUGCGCGCUACCUUGGUGUUGUUCGCUGCCUUCGGAUCGCCUUUCUCAUCUUCCCGUUUGUCUUCUUCGUCACACCAUUCCUGUCGCUUAUCUCAGAUCCAGUCAUGAGGGAAAUCGCCAUGGUUAUGCUCUUGAUGGUCAGAGGCCUGGCUGGCACAUUCUCAUUCACCACUAGUACAAUUAUGCUCACGAACAGUGCGCUUAGUCUACGUGUCCUAGGCACCGUCAACGGUCUGGCUACUAGUUUCAGCUCUUUCGGUAGGGCAUUAGGUCCAACUUUGGGGGGUGGCUUGUUUACUUGGGGUGUCAAGCGUGGCUACGUCAUUGUACCUUUCUGGACAAUGUCCGCCAUUGCGCUUGCUGCCUCCAUACCAACUUUCUGGCUAGUCGAGGGUAAAGGGUUUGGAGGUGACGAAGAUAUCAACGACCUGGAAAAUACCAUUGAGACGGAAGAAGAAGUGGUUGAGAAUGACGCGAGGGUACCUCCAACAGCCUGGCAACAAGAUGAUGCAGCGUUCUCCGAGUCAGAGUUUGGCGACUUCGGAGACCCACCAAAUAUCUUGAGUCUAACAACUACGCGAUCGAGCGUAGCCAUGGCCUCUGAUGAUGAAGAUAAUGCUUCAGUGUCUGUGGGUCAAGGACAGUCGAUGAAUCCCUUGGAGGCGGCAAGAAGUCAUUCGCAGACCAGACGACGAAAGAUUGUGAGGAGGACGUCAUCGAUACCGAUUGGUAUGGGUAAGGGAUUCAGGCGAUACAGCUCUAACCUAGGCAGCACGGGUAUCGGCGGAGGCGGUGCUAGCUGGGGAGGCGCAUAAAUCUGGACUUGGGUGGGAAGCUGUGCAUUACUGAGCAUCUUUGGAAAAAGCAUCAAAACAUGAGUUCAUUACGCGCAUUGAUUUUAAGCCAACUCAAGCCUCUUGUAUGUCAAUGGCAAUAUUGCAAGUGAUGUGCUAAACCUCGAUACACUUUCUUCGAUAUCCCUCCCACGACUGUAUUAUCCACGGUCGUACGUGAGAGCGUCAUAAAGGUUACCUUAGAAUCAUCCAAAGUAGAACAAAAAGUAUGUCUUCUCAUCCCGACACGAACAUGAGGUAACGGAUGUGUAAGAUUCAACAUUGCGCAAGCGCAAAUCCUAGGUGGUGAUGAUGG